GAUGGAAAUAUCCGCCGUCAAAAACUGAUCGGUAUAUCUACCAAUCGAUCGCAUUAAUUGAUGAUUGAUGUCACUGUGUUUUGACCAUCAUCGCAAUUAACCUUCAAGCACUUUCAUCUGAUUUCAUUUCCCUGAAGGUUCUGCUCUGCUUUUUCUGGCACUUUAUGUGACUUAUCAAAUUCUACCAUCAACGCGGGCAUUUCUAAUAGAUUGCCAAGAGAACACUGCCGCAUGUUUGGAAGAAAUAAUGAAGGAACUCACCCAAGUUCGAUCUGACAUUAAAAUUCUCACGGAGAACAAAACACUGGCGAGACCAAAGAACUGUGUUGAGCUCUACCAUUCCGGUCAAAGGAUUAGCGGUGUUUACAUAAUCGAUCCAGAUGGCUCAGGUGCCUUUAAUGUCUAUUGUGACCACACUACUUCCGGUGGGGGAUGGACAGUCUUCCAGAGGAGAAUGGAUGGCUCCGUUGAUUUUAAUCGCACCUGGAAUGACUACAAGCAUGGCUUCGGUAACUUGGUCGGUGAAUUUUGGCUCGGACUGGACAAUAUAAACCGUCUGACACAAAACAAGACAAAGAACAUGCUUCGAGUAGAUCUGGGGGUAACUGCGCGCCAAACUGUUCACGCUGAGUAUGAAUGGUUUGGGAUUGGGAACGGGACGGCUAACUACCGGCUGUACAUUGGCAAUAUGACAACAGAUGCAACUGUUUCUUUUGAUUCCCUCAAACCUCACAAAGAUUUCAUGUUUGGUGCCUGGGAUAGAGAUCCUGCUAAUUGUACUCUAAAAAGAGGCGGAGGCUGGUGGUAUGGCAGCAGUAGUGAUUGUGAUGUUUCAUCGAAUCUCAACGGAAUUUAUCCGCAUUGUCGAAAUGAAACCCGGGCCAAUAUCCACUGGGAUCAAUUGGAUCAAAACAGUCCCGAGGGCAGCGCCCCCACAUCAACUGAAAUGAAAAUUAGACCAGUGGAUUCUUUUUAAAACUUUCUGACGAUAAAGUGUUCAUAUAAAUAAUGACUUUUGCGUCUUCUGAAAGGUCAAAUUCGCUUUUAUAACAAUUGUGAUUGGCAAAUUAAUGAUAGAGUGGCCUUUGUAUGCACGGUGAUGUUGAUCCUUUUUUACGUACUAUUUUGUGUUGAUUUGAAAACGCUAUAAUUAAAAAAUAAAAGAUAGUUCGCUUGCUGUCGAAAUUAAACUAAAAUAUCUGUGAAUUCAGUUUUCUAAUAUCUGACAAAGAAAUUUAUCCGGCCCAAUCGAUACUGUUUUGAAAAGUUAAGAGGUGAUUUGCAUGACAAGAAAUAAAACGUGCAUUUUUUUUUCAACGCCUUUUAAUUCUAGAUUUUAAAAUGCUUAGAAUAUACAGAUAACAUACAUAUUAGAAGAAAUGACGAAAUCAUAGACUUAACCAUAUAUAGUUGAUCAAAUGCGAUUUUAGAAAAGAAUAUUUUUAUCACAUCGAAAUUAAUUCAGAGAGAUUUAUACCAAUGAAACGUUCCAGCUACUAGCUGGAGCUCAUACAAUUUAAUACUUAUACUUAUUUUUAAAGUUUUUGCGUUUUCUGAUGAUUUUGAAAGCGUUUUCUUCUUAGAGCUAUCAAUAAAGCGAUUUAAGCUUAUAUCAAAAUAUGUAAUUUAGGAUAUGUGAGUUUUAA